AUGAAUUCAAUCAUAACUGAAUGGAAAAAACAAUCAUCCGAUGAACUAAAUUUUUUACCUGAUAGACAAUAUUUUCAACAAGAUUCAAUAGAAAAAAUAAAUAAUCAAAUAAGUAAAUCUAAUAAGAAAAAGGUUCGUUUCAAUUGUCAAACACCAAAUAUAACGGAACAACCAUUUGAAUAUACAAAAAAUAAUCAUUCGGAAAUAAUUCGAUCAGAAAAAUUAACUGUCAACGAUCAUGAUUCCAGAUUAUCAACAAAUAUUUUAACUGCUAAAUUAUCAUCUAUCUGUAAUAAUUCGAAAUGUAGUGUACGAACAAGAGUUAUUAUAUUUAUUAUUAUUAUCCUAAUUCUCAUUAUUACGGCUAUUGUUAUUACAUUUAGUAUUAUUAAGUCAACACAAAAUACAACAGUGACAUCAAUAGAAAAUACUAAUCAAAGUUCAUUCUCAACAAUAUUUACAACAAUGAUGGUCAGUAGUGUGAGUAUAGGAAAUCAAAGUGGAGCACCUUGUUCAUCGUAUACAACUAUUAAUGAUCCAACACGAAAUAUUGCUCAAAUCUUAUCAUCUGGUUCGUGUGAUAAUGGACCACUAUUUAAUUCGAGUAGUGGUGAAGGUGCUUGGAUACGAUUUGUUGGUAAUGGUGGUACUAUAAUACCAUUUUCAUCACCUGGUAGAAAUCAUUGUGGUGCUUAUUCUUCAGGAUGGUUCAAUGGUACAUUACCAAUAACAUUUGAUACUAUAGUUAAUGGAUUUAUUUGUUUGAGUAGUGAUAUCGGUGAAUGUAUAGUUACUUAUAAUUCAAGUGUUAUCUAUUGCAUUGGUAGUUUCUAUGUUUACUUUUUAUUACCUGUUCCUAUUUGUAAUGCACGAUAUUGUAGGACAUGA